GAAGAGGAGGAGAAUGCCAUGCACAACACUGUGGUCAUUUUCUCAACUUCAGACCACUUCACUCUCAGACAGGACAUGUGUGUGGUGUGUGGGAGUUUUGGCCAGGGGUCAGAGGGCAGGCUGCUGGCCUGUUCCCAGUGUGGCCAGUGUUACCACCCCUUCUGUGUCAACAUCAAGAUCACCCGGGUGGUGCUGAGUAAAGGCUGGCGCUGUCUGGAGUGCACGGUGUGCGAGGCGUGCGGCCAGGCCAGCGACCCAGGCCGCCUGCUGCUGUGUGACAACUGUGACAUCAGCUACCACACCUACUGCCUGGACCCGCCCCUGCAGACGGUGCCCAAGGGCAGCUGGAAGUGCAAGUGGUGUGUCUCCUGUACCCAGUGUGGUGCCACCUCCCCCGGCAUGAGGUGUGACUGGCAGAACAACUACACCCAGUGCGGCCCCUGUGCCAGCCUGGCAUCAUGCCCGAUGUGCAUGCGCAGCUACUGUGAGGACGAGCUCAUCGUGCAGUGCCGCCAGUGUGACAGGUGGAUCCACGCCUGCUGCCAGGGCCUGGACACAGAUGAGGAGGUGGAGAAUGCAGCGGAUGAUGGCUUUGACUGCACCAUGUGUCGAAUGCACGCUCUGCCUUCACAGGUGGAGGCCCUCCUAUCUGACGGCUGCGAGGCCCCGAUGGUGGCCCAGAUUGUGUCUACAACGAGAGAGCCAGACAUCCAGAAGACAUACACCCAGGAUGGGGUGUGUCUGACCGAGUCUGGCCUGUGCCAGCUGGAGAGCCUGGCAGUGCCCUCCUCAACCCGCCGAGGGCAGAACAGGCGGCCCAAACCCAAGCUCAAGCUGAAGAUCAUCAACCAGAACAGUGUGGCUGUGCUCCAGACCCCACCGUACCCCCACUACUCAGAGCUGUCCCGGGACGGGGACGGGUACAUGGACGACCGCCGAGGGGACCUCCUGAUGGACUGUGACUUGAAGUCGGACUCCAGUCCGGAACGGGAGCCUGUCGACGACGACGCCAAGGGGGCCGAGGGCGCCGACGGCAACAAGAAAAGGAAGAGGAAACCUUACCGGCCCGGUAUUGGAGGGUUUAUGGUCCGCCAGAGAAGCAGGACGGGACAAGGGAAAGCCAAGCGAUCCCUAUCCAGGAAAUACUCAACAGGAUCGUUACCUGAGAACCCAAUGUGCAAAGAGGAAGGGUGGAACAAGACGGAGAGUACUCAAGCGGAGGAGACCCCACCGGUGUCUGAAUGUCUGGAGAAGGUCAAGAAAAGAUACCGCAAAAAGAGAACCAAAUUGGAAGAGGAGUUCCCUUCUUACCUGCAGGAGGCUUUCUUUGGAAAGGAGCUGCUGGACAGGAGCAAGCAGAGCAGGCAGGCGGGCCUGGUGACCACAGGGCUCUGUGAGGAGAACUCAGGGGUCCAUGCAGAGACCAAACCCCGCAGCGUCAACGCCAGCUUCCUGGACCCCUCCUCAGACCCGCUGCUCAGUGCUACCUCGACCACCAUACCCAUCUCCAGCAAAGGAGGAGGACUGCAUCAUCCGGACUUUCCGGAAGUCCUGAGCACGGAUGCAGAUCUCCUGGGAAUGCUGUCGGAUGAUCUGGUGAAGCAGGGGAAUGACUCAGCCAAUUCCGAGGAUCCCUUAGUGGACCUUCCGGAAGUCCUGAGCACGGAUGCAGAUCUCCUGGGAAUGCUGUCGGAUGAUCUGGUGAAGCAGGGGAAUGACUCAGCUGGUCUGGACAUGGCCCCCAUCUCUGAUUAUCCCAUUGGGUCCUGUCAGGGCUCUGCAGGCCGGGGGCCCAGGGCUCUACAGGAGGAGCCUCUGGAUGUCAUCCUGAGCCCAGAACUGGACAAGAUGGUCGUAGAUGGCGACGGUGGGAUGUUCCCCCAGAUGCCAAUGAUAAACGGCAUGAUGGGGCCCAACCCCCAUUUUCCUCCAACUCCCAUGAUGCUCGGCGGCACAGGCCCAUGUGGCCCCGGCAACUUCUCGCCCAUCCACAGAAUACCUUUCCAAGAGAAUAUGAGGGACAAGAAGUUUAGCCAGAUGGGGGGUGACGUAGUGGUUCCAUGGAGCGCGCCCGUCCCCGGCCCCCUUCCGGAGGGAGAGACAGACACCAUGUCCAACGUGCAGAGGAGCACGCUCAAGUGGGAGAAGGAGGAGACUCUGGGCGAGAUGGCCACAGUGGCCCCAGUCCUUUACACCAACGUCAACUUCCCCAACCUCCUAGGGGAGUUCCCAGACUGGGCUAUGAGAGUGAAACAAAUCGCAAAAUUAUGGAGGAAAGCCAGUUCCCAGGACAGGGCCCCAUAUGUGCAAAAGGCACGCGAUAACCGGGCAGCGCUGCGCAUUAACAAAGUUCAGAUGUCCAACGAUACGCUGAAGAGACACGAGAAUCCUCACCAGCAGCUGUUGACUGACCCCUUUGACCCCAAUAGUGUCCCCAUGGACGCUGAGCUGCUCUUCAAAGAUACUCUCAAGCCCAAGGAGUCUGAGCACGAGCAGGAGUGGAAGUUCAGACAGCAAAUGAGACAAAAGAGCAAGCAGCAGGCGAAGAUCGAAGCUACUCAAAAGCUGGAGCAGGUUAAAAAUGAGCAGCAACAACUCCAGCAACAACAGCUGUUUAGCAGUCAGUCAUGUGGAGAUACAACACCUAAUAGUGGGAACCAGAGCCCCAUGACACCUCAGCCCAGCAAUGGUGGAAAGUCUGGAAACUCAUCCCCUCUGCAGCCAAUAGUGUCUAAGGAUGGCUUCGCUAGACCCCAACUCCCAGUCACGCCCACCUCCGGAUCACAGGAUGACGUGUUCCUCAGACCACAGCUCCUACCUCCGUCGUCGAGGACACCCACCCAGGAGACCUCGUACCCGCAGCAGGGACCAUCCUCCGAGCUCCAGUCAUCACAGAUGUUCUCCCCGAGUUCCUCCUCAGGCUCCCGGCCAUCCUCACCUUGGGACCCCUACGCCAAAAUUGUGGGCACCCCGAGACCGCCCCCUGGGGAUGGCAGAUCCACCACGCCCCAGCAGAACUCUCUGUCAGAGAUGCAGGAAAGGGGAGGGAGGCAUUCCCCGGCACACGAGUCCUUUGGCUCGCCCACGUCUGGUAAUGCUGACCCUUAUGCUAAGAUGCCAGAUACCCCCCGGCCACCUGACCCGUUUGUUAAACCCAUGGGACCCGCCAGGGUGAGCCCUUCAGGACUCGUUGAGCAGCAGCAAAAGCAGCAGGUCAGGCACAUGAUGAGCCCUCCCUCUGGAGGAGAGGCUUUUGCCAGGAUAGGGGGCCACCGAGCUGAGGUCUACCAGCGCAUGUCUCACAACCGCAUGAUCCUCUCGGACCCCUACUCCAGGCCCUUGCUCACUCCCAUCCCCGGCAGCAACGAGUCGGGCUCUGUGCCGGUGUUCAAAGCCCCCAUGCCUCCCCAGCAAGAGCCCUACGGUGGCCCUAUGCCUGGGGGACUUAGACGAGGGCCAUCUAAUGACUUUCCCCAAGGAUCACAGGCCGACCCCUAUGCCCAGCAGCCCCUCACCAUCCGUCCGCCCAUGGGGGAAGGGUUCCCCAACGAGCCCAGAAUGAUGCGCCAACCCCAGGAGGGCCAUUUCUCUCAACCCAUGCCAAUGAUGAGACACCCUCACAGAAACUCAUACGCCCAAGCACCAUCCACCCCGAGACCAGAUUAUUCUCAGCAGAUGCCUGACCCUUACGCCCAACCGCCAGGCACCCCCAGACCUCACUCUGAUGGCCAUGCCCAACCUCCCGGCACCCCAAGGCCACACUCAGAUCCUUCAUACCUGCAGACGCCACCUAGCCUUCAUCUAGACCAGUUUCCCCAGCAGCACCCAGCCAAUCGCAGACAGUCUCCAUCUCACUCCAUUGAUCCUUAUACCUCCAUGCCAGGUACCCCCAGACCAGCCCCAGGGGAUAGAUUCCCCAAAUCCCCUGCUAGUCAAAGGAACAUGGACCCCUAUGCCCAACAACCCGGUACCCAUCGGCCUUCCAAUGCCAUUCUAUACGCACAGCCCCCUGGAACCCCAAGACCACUCCUCACCGACCCUUAUGCCCAAGCUGCUUCAGGGAUGCCCCGGCCAGGAGCUGGUCCUGACGCCUUCAAUCGACUAGGCUCCAGACCGAUACCCAUGUCCCAACUUCCAGCUGACCCCUUCUCCCACCAGUCUCCAGGCAGGAUGCAGGACACAUUUGCCCAUCCAAGUGCCCCAGGCCCUCAGAUAUCUAAGCACCCGGAAAUGUCGGACGAAAGUUUCUCUCUGCCGCAGUCGAAUCAUCACGGUGGCCAAACGCCGAUUCACGACCCCUUUGAACAGGGUCCAAUGACACCUUGUGCUCAAGCUUCAGAAAGGCCAGCCCAUGAUAUCCCCCAGUUGAGCAGCAACACUGUUGCUGCUCAGAACAGCAUGCAGCCACACCUGGGAGACACUGAGGAGAAGCUCAGACAGCGCCAGAGACUGCGCCAGCUAAUCCUGAGGCAGCAGCAACAGAAGACGGCCAUCCGACAAGAGAAGGGACUACUACAGGAAGCUGGUGGAGCUACUGGUGUGGUGACACCCCGUCACUGGUCACAAGAAGAUCCCACCCCGCAGAGCCACAUGUUUGGCAGACCACCACCCCCUUACCCAGGACCCAUGAGGGGCGGCCCCCAAGUUCCCGGGGGUCAAAGGUUCCCUGGUACCUUCCUAGGGGACCAGCGAGGACCCUUCCCCAACGAGGGCCAGUUUGCCAUACCCCACUUCCCCAGGGACAUGGGCAACAUGGGCAGGCCCCAAGGAAUGAGGUUUGGAUUUCCCUCCGGCCAGGAGCAACAUUUCCUCAGGCCCCCUCAGCAGAUGCCCGGCGGGCCCAUGGUCGAUAACAUUCCUCCACAGAUGAGAAGGUCCCUCUCGGUGGACUUUUCCAGGGGGGGCAACCCCCUGAUGGGACUCCCCCAGGACUUCCCUCCACAGGGCCUUACCGUCCAGCAGCACAAUAUCAUGGGUCAGCCGUUCAUCGAGCUCCGCCACAGGGCCCCUGAGAACAGGAUGAAGAUCCCCUUUGGUCAUGGACCCCCCGACGUCAUGGACCCCUCCAACCAAACCCAGAGACCACCCCAGUGCUUCAUGGGAGGCCAGGAGAUUGGCUUCGCCAGGAACCAGGGACCCAGAAUGAUGGCUCCCAUGAUGGGCAGACCUUCCCAGGGAUCGGUUGGCCAAAUGCAGAUGUUGGCAAGUAUGGAGAACCUGCACCAGCAGCAGACUGAAGUGCGGGUGACCACUGAACAACAACAUCCUCCACUGAAUAGGUCCCUCAGCCACCCUGUCACUAGUGAGUCACUCAAUGCAGAGCCAUCUGGUAUGCUCUUGCCUGGGUCUAGCACCGGUCAAACGGAGGAGACUCAAAUACCCAGUGGAGACGGAAUCGACGAAAACCUGGACACUGACGACUCUGCAGUGAAGGACCUCGAAGACGUGGAGGUCAAAGACCUGGUCGACCUGAACCUGAACCUCGACCCAGAUGAUGGCAAAGACCUGGACCUGGGACCCAAUGACCUGCACCUCGACGACUUCCUCAUGUCUGGGAAGUUUGACCUCAUCGCCUACACGGAUCCUGAGCUCAACCUGGACGACAAGAAAGACAUGUUCAGUGAAGAUCUCGACCUGGGUGACCCCAUGGAGGAACACCAACAGGGAGAGACCUCGGACCUCCAGAAAGCCCUGUCGGAGAAGAGGAACGCCAGCGGAGACUGCGCAGCCACCUCGUCCCAGUCCGUAGGGAAAUCCGUGCACGGCCAAAUCAGACGGGAGGCCAACAAAUCGAAAGAGACCUUGGACAUAGUCAAAAUAGAGGAAACAAUCAAAACGGAGGUCAAAGAUGGACACAUGCAAAACCAGGACCAGCCACUCUGCAGUGGCCGGAUGAAUGACAACAGAACCAUGACUAACCAAGAGGGUGCAGGGCUGUAUGAGCAGCCUGGACAGACUGUCUCGGCUCCGGUCCUCUCCAACCUUCUGGUCAAAGAGAAACUGGAAAACACUGGGUUAGGCCCAACCGGCUCUCCUCAUCAAAGGAACAUAGCUGCCCAGCCGAACCAGGCCACUGGGCUACACCCAAACACAGGCAUGCAACAUACCCAAGACAACAACAGGCUCAAUCCCAGCGUGGCUAUGGGACAUCGGGUGAACCCUGCGUUGGUUCAGAGCAGGCUUUCAAUGGGAAACCCAAACCACAUCCUAGGGGGGAACCACAGCUUCGGGGCCUCAGCAAACCAGCAGAUGGAGCUAAACCUAGCCAUGGUGGGAGCCAGUCAGCAGCCCACUGCCCAUGGCCUGAACCCCCAGGGCCAGCAAGGCUCAUCGCUGGGGCAGGCCGGCCCACAAAACAGGCCUCUGCUGCUGGACGAGCAGCCCCUCCUACUGCAGGACCUGCUGGACCAGGAGAGGCAAGAGCAGCAGCAGCAGAGGCAGAUGCAGGCCAUGAUCCGACAGCGCUCCAGCGACUCCUUCUUCCCCAACAUAGAUUUUGAUGCCGUCACAGACCCGAUCAUGAAGGCUAAGAUGGUAGCCCUGAAGGGAAUCAAUAAAGUCAUGGCUCAGAACAGCAUGGGAAUGCCCUCAAUAGUCAUUAACAGCAAUGAUCCUCUCAGAAUUCAGCAUACGCCAGGAGCCCAUGGACCAGAUGCUGCUGCCACUCUGCCUCCACAUGUGUUUGGACAGGACGGGAAGUUGGCUCCACAGAUGGCGAGACCAAACCCCCCAAAUUUUGGACCUGGAUUUAUCAACGAUGGCAAGAGGAAGCAGUACGAGGAGUGGCUCAAGGAGACCCAACAGCUCCUGCAGAUGCAGCAGAAGUUUCUGGAAGACCAGAUUGGGGCCCACAGGAAAUCCAAGAAGGCCCUGUCAGCCAAACAGCGGACGGCCAAGAAGGCUGGCCGUGAGUUCCCUAAGGAGGACGUCGAGCAGCUGAAGCAUGUGACAGAGCAGCAGAGUGUGGUGCAGAAACAGUUGGAGCAGAUUCGGAAACAGCAGAAAGACCAUGCAGAGCUGAUAGAGGAGUACCGUGUCAAGCAGCAACAGCUAAGUCUACAGGCUCCUAUGAUGCCAGGGAUGCCACCCAUGCCAGGGAUGUCAGCUCAUGCUGCCCCUAUGAUGCCCAGGGAGCCCCCUUUGGGCCAGCCCAUGAUGACAAUGCAGCCCCACCCCAGCCAGCCUAACCUUGCCCGCAUGCCCAACGUGCCAGGCUGGCACCCUGGGGGAGCCCCAGGACCGAUGGGAGGCCCGGGUCUAAGAAUUCCAGCUCAGAUGCCCCCUGCCAGCCCUGCCCAGUUGCACCAGCCCCAGUUACCACCCCAGACCCAACUACCGCCUCAGCCUCAAUCAGCCUCAAUGGUGCCCGGAGUAAAAGCCACACCUGCAGGCAAAGGAGCAGGAACCCAGGGAGCCAGCGGAGGUAACGGUGGUGGUGGCAGCAAUAGCCUCGCUGUGAAAUUUGAUGACAACAAUCCAUUCAGCGAGGGCUUCCAGGAGCGCGAGAGGCGGGACCGCAUGAGGGAGCAGCAGGAGAGACAGCGGGUUCAGCUGAUGCAGGAGGUAGACAGGCACCGGGCCAUGCAGCAGCGGCUGGAGAUGGAGCAGCAAGGCCUUGGUAUGGGUCCCGCUGGGCUCCCACACGGCUCUGGAGCUACUAACCACAGUGGGGAUAGCCUGGCCCACAUGCCAUUCUACAAUACUGAUCUGCCCCAAGACUUCAUGCAGCCCUCUAGACCUCAACAACAAGCACCACCACAGCAGGGGCAGCUAGGGCCCAUGUACCCCCAGCAGGGCAUCGGGGCCUUCAUGCUGGGGGACGAGCGCAGGCCUAUGCCCAAGACUGGGGCUUUUGGUGGUCCCGAGAUGGGUCCCAAUUUCCGUCCCAAAAACCCCAUGCUGCAGGGGCUCAACUUCCCCUCGGGACAGCCCCGUCCCGCCAGAUUCGGAGGCCCUGGGAUGAUGCCCCAGAGUGGGGGCCGAGGCGAGGGACAGGGACUACCGUUCGGAAUGGACUCAUCCACCCCCCUGCCUCCCAACUACCCCGGCUCAGGCCAGUCCUUGAUCCAGCUCUACUCUAACAUCAUCCCAGAGGAGAAGGUCAAGAAGAAGAGGAACAGGAAGAAGAAGAGAGACUCGGUCGACGACAUAGACUCUGUCAAGACCCCGUCCACUCCCCACUCAGACCGCUGCUCCCCGCUGACGCCCUCCCGCGGGUCUGACACCUCAUCCACCCGGAGCCUCAGCAUUCCCGGUGAGCAGGAUCUGUCCGAUCUUUUCCUCCCAGUGGGGUCCUCUGGUUUGGCCCCCUCCACAGAACUGGAGAGGCAGCUCUCAGGCAGCAGCUUAGCCCAGGGUGGCUGCUCCAGCAUGGGCUCUGAGAAUGACCGGGCCCCCCUGUUUGACGAAACCCUCCAAAUCAAGUUGGAGAGCAUAGAGACUGAGUGCAGAAGGGACGAGGCGGCCAACGAGGGGUCUGCCUUGCAGCACGUUCCCCGAGCUGGCGGGACAGUAAAGGUGGAGGAGGGAAGCGAGGGGGGGUUUUCUUCACCCCUCCACGGUGCCAAAGGUGGUGACACAGGGAAUGAGCUGCUUAAGCACCUGUUGAAGAACAAGAGCACACCCCCACCGGGCGCCAAUGCCAACCAGACCCUUCCCACACAGCAGAUGUCCUGUGACAAACUGCGCUCAGAGCAGGAGGACUCAUCAGACCACAAAGCCACUGCCAGGCCGGCCUCCACCGCCAACAACAUGACUCCCCGGCGCAGUCAGCUGACAGGAAGCGCUGAGCUCCUAGAAACCUCGGUGCCGGAGCAGGGCAAGAGGAAGCAGCAACGCAACAAACUGACGCAUAAAAACGGGGUGGAGAAACCACCAUCGCGCUACAAGAGGAGGAAAAGGGAGGAAGAGGAGAAGCAGAUUGGUUAUUCCAGUACUGACACUCUGAUGACCCAGCUCAAACAGCAGCUUUCCCUGUUGCCCCUGAUAGAGCCCCUGAUGGGGGUCAACUUUGCUCACUUUCCCCCCUUCGGCAGCGGGCAGCUGAACGGGGAGAACAGCCUGUCGGGAUCCUUUGGCAGCGCUUCGCUGGGCGGCGUGUCAGACUACUACUCCCAGCUCAUCUACAAGCAGAACAACUUGAGCAACCCGCCCACCCCUCCAGCAUCACUCCCUCCCACGCCGCCCCCCGUGGCGAGACAGAAGAUGGUCAACGGGUUCGCCACGGCCGAGGAGCUUACCAGGAAAGCUGCCGUCUUGGGUGGCCAUGAUGCGUUCCAGACAGAAAAAGACCUGCUGGCCCAUGCCAUCACCCAGGGGCCCAAGACGGUGGACGUCCCCGCCUCGCUCCCCACACCACCCCAUAACAACCAGGAGGAACUUAGGAGCCAGGACCACUGUGCGGACAGGGACACCCCUGAUAGCUUCGUCCCCUCCUCGUCCCCCGAGAGUGUGGUCGGCAUGGAGAUCAGCCGCUACCCCGACUUGUCAAAUGUCAAGGAGGAGCCCCCCUCCCCUUGCUCCUCCCCUGUAAUUCCCAUGCUGCCUAGCGCCAGCGGGAAAGGGACUGAGAUUAAGCGAGAGGUCAAGACUGAACCCUCAAGCUCCUUUUUCGGGUCCCAGUUCAGACAGGCUCCCUCCUGCUCCAAAGCUGGCCUGGUAUCCAUAGCUAUCACCUUGAAUCCGGUCGCAGCGGAGAACAUCCCUGGCAUGGUGGCUGCGGUGGCCGACCUGCUGUGUGUGAACAUCCCCGUUAGCUACGAGGUGAGCUGCGGCCCCGAGCGUAGCUCCCUGGCCCUGCUGGCUGGAGUCAAGGUGCCUCAGACCAAGGGUGUGGACCCCCACCACGCGGCCAUGUUCCCCCAGCAGCCCCCCACCAUGAGGUUCCUGAGACCCCCCGGACCGCACACCCAUUCCGGAAUUAGCCAGCAGCCACCUACCAGCGCCGGUCCGUCUGCCAGGGGAGACGGGCCUAAACCCCAGUGGUGCUGGAACUGCAAGGUGCUGGUUCUGGGAAACGGAGUCCGCAAGUCCACCAAAGACCUACCCUGCAGCAAACGGGAGAGACCGAACCAUGCGGGGGGCAGCAUGGUCUUCUGCAGCCAUAACUGUUUCGUCCUCCACACCACUGCCACACAAUCCAAAGCCAUGGACAGUAAGCCAAACAUGUCUCCUCUCUUGCCUGAGUCGUCGGUUAAAGAGAGCCCGUCCAAGGUGCUCCACCAGUAUAGUAACAACAUGUCCACACUGGACGUCCACUGCCUGGCCCAGCUGCAGCCCAAACAGUCGUCCCCCUCCAGCCCCCAUUCCAUCUCCUUCCCCUCUGAGAAACCCAAGCCGGAUACUCUCAAGGUGACGGUCAAGUUCAAGCCAAGGCCCAGGGCGGUCCACUCAGCCAGCGGGGGAGGUGAUAUGUCGCCGUACCACCAUAAGCGCUGGAAGGGCCUGCGUUGGCGCAAGUGGAGCGUGCACAUUGUGGUUCCCACUAGCAGAACCCUGCUGUCCUCUCUGCCCGGUGAGGACGAGAUGGACAAGCUGCUGAGGAAGCUGGGCGCCUCUCUGCGUCCUGAUCCCCUUCCCCGCGACCUUCGACGUUGCUGCUUCUGCCACGAGGAGGGCGACGGUGUGACGGACGGGCCCGCGCGGCUCCUGAACCUGGACCUAGACUUGUGGGUGCACCUUAACUGUGCACUGUGGUCAUCGGAGGUGUAUGAGACGCAGGCAGGCGCCCUUAUCAACGUGGAGCUGGCGUUACGGCGGGGCAUGGCGGUGCGCUGCGCCUACUGCCAGCAGACGGGCGCCACCAGCCGCUGCCACCGGUUGCGCUGCGCCAAUGCCUACCACUUCACAUGCGCCCUCAAGGCCCAGUGCACCUUCUUCAAGGACAAGACCAUGCUGUGCCACCUGCACCGGCCCCGGGGCAGCGACAGGGCCGUGGCGUCCGCCACUAACCACCACGACCACGAGCUGCGCUGCUUCGCAGUGUUCCGCCGUGUCUACGUGCAGCGUGAUGAGGCGCGGCAGAUGGCCAGCAUCAUGCAGCGUGGCGAGCACCGGCACACGUUCCGUGUGGGCAGCCUGGUGUUCCACACUGUGGGUCAGCUGCUUCCCCAGCAGAUGGCCGCCUUCCACUCUGCCAACGCCAUCUUCCCCGUGGGCUACCGGGCCAGCCGCAUCUACUGGAGCACACGUCACGGCAACCGCCGCUGCCGCUACCUGUGCUCGGUGGAGGAGAACGAGGGCCGCCCGGAGUUUGUGGUGCGGGUGAUGGAACAGGGCUACGAUGACCUGGUGCUCACCGGCGCCUCACCCAAAGGUGUCUGGGACAAGAUUCUGGAGCCUGUGGCUGAGCGGCGUAACGAGUCUGGAACUCUGAAACUGUUCCCCGUCUACCUGAAGGGAGAGGACCUGUUUGGAUUCACUGUCACUGCCGUCACCAGGAUCGUGGAAUCGCUCCCUGGAGUGGAGGCCUGUGAAAGUUACACUUUCCGUUUUGGACGGAACCCUCUGAUGGAUCUCCCCUUGGCCAUCAACCCAACUGGCAGUGCCCGCUCGGAACCCAAGACCUGCACCCAUGUCAAGAGAUCUCACACUUUGUCCAGCACCGGCGGCUCCUCUAAGUCCAUGCAGACAGUUGGCAGCGUGGGUGUGGUGGAAGCACCAGAAGAGGUGACCCCCAAGCAGUUUGCAUCCAUCCCCUUCCAGUACCGACGCAUGAAGGCAGAGUGGAAGAGCAAUGUGUACCUGGCACGCUCUCGCAUUCAGGGGUUGGGUCUGUAUGCCGCCAGGGACAUUGAGUCCCACACCAUGGUGAUUGAGUACAUCGGUACCCUCAUUCGCAACGAGGUCGCCAACCGGAUGGAGAAGAUGUAUGAAUCCCAGAAUCGUGGAGUCUACAUGUUCCGCCUGGACAGUGAGCAUGUGGUCGACGCCACCAUAACAGGCGGACCAGCAAGAUAUAUCAACCACUCCUGUGCCCCCAACUGCAUCACUGAGGCCGUGAGCUUGGAGAGAGGUGUUAAGAUCGUCAUCAGCUCCUGCCGUAAUAUCCAGAGAGGAGAGGAGCUGUGUUACGACUACAAAUUUGACCUGGAGGACGACCAGCAUAAGAUCCCUUGCCACUGUGGUGCAGUUAACUGUCGGAAAUGGAUGAACUAGAACAGAGUUGCGGCAAAAGACGGGCAACGACACUUUAAAAUUACACACACACACGUGCAUUCCUUAUAGGCUUGUUGGUUGAUAUGCUAUUACUUUUUUUAAAACAAUUUAAUCGGGGGAAGAGACUGACCGCAGAACGACUAUUUUUAUUAAGGCAGUGAGCUGAGUCUUUCACUGCAAAAAAGAGUAGAGAUGGAUUUUUGUUAAUAUUAAAAAGUGUGAGGGGAUUGGGGCUGGGGUAGAAUUCACCAGUUGACCAGGAGAGUUUUGUACUGGCCACCGCCUUACUUAGUUAGAGAGGCAGGUCCUCCGGAUUAAGAAAUAUAUACAUAUAUAGUUACAGAAAUGUAGACGCCACUGAACAAGGAAUGUACAGAGAGGACUUCCUUAGGGACAAAGCUAAGGGAUUAUUAACUUGCACUAAAAACAAAAAAUUUGUUAAAUACUUGAUUCCAUGAGUCAGUUUGUUUUUGAUUUAUGUAAAAUAAGAGAUUUUUUUCGUAUUUAUUAUCAAAUGAAGUUAUUUUUUUAAAUGAGGAGAAAGAGUCACCGGCAAACUGCAGCCCAGUCUAAUCAGAACGUGUUGCUGUAUACAAUGUGUAAAUAUCUGUAAAAGACGUAAAUAAUCAGCCAAACUUCAAACUUAGCUUCAUGGCUGUUUGGAUGAUUCUUUAGGUUUUUUUUCAACAAAAAAAAGUAUUUAAGAAGGAUAUCAUUGUGCAAAAGUCCAGAGUAUUUUUGUUUUAUUUAGAAUGUAGUUGCAUUGACACGCGCAAUCUAAGAAUUGCACAGAGCACCAAUCAGAGACUGUUACAUCCUAAUAACCCUUAGUUAAUCAGAUUUGAACGUAGAAUUAGAGAACUGUGAAUUUAGGUUGGAAACCACCCACACCAUCGGUUAGCUUCUUUAACUGUAUCAUACGCACAGUAGUCUGAUUUACCUCAUGCAGUUAAUUAACAGACACAUGUUUAAAAAAUGUCUUUCAGUUGCAGGGGACUCCAUUAUGCUUUUGACAAAAUGUGUUGUUUACAUUUCUUUUGAAUAAGAAACGUGCUGGCUAGUUGAGAAAAAAAAUAUAUAUGAUUUGACUCAAUCACAAAAGUCAAUCUGGUACUAGCAUUUUUCUGACCAGUUUGAAAUGAAGUUCAUUUGUGUACAUGGCAUGUAUGUUUUCAAAUUGUACAUAAUUUUCCCUCGUACAAUAUUCAGACCUCUUAACAGUAUGUGUCUUUUCUUUGUCCUGUAUAGUAGUAUCUAA